CAGCUUUGCCUUGGACCUAAUCCCGAGUUUGUCUUUGGAAGAUGUCUGUGAGAACUCUGCCCCUGGUUUUCAUUAAUCUCGGUGGAGAGAUGCUUUACAUACUGGACCAACGCCUGCGAGCACAGAACACGUCUGAGGACAAUUCAGAGAAAGGAGUGUGGUCAGAAAAUGACAGAAAAAGAGUCAUGAAUGACAUCGUUGGGACCAUGUUUAGUAAAACCUUUAUGGAUGAACUUCUCAAACCUCAGCAGCUGUAUUCGCACAGAACACUGAAAACAGUGCUAACACGCUUAGCACAUGCCUCCAUCAUGAGGUUGAACCCCGCCAGCAUGGACAGGCUUUACGAGCUGAUGGCCAUGGCGUUCAAAUAUCAAGUCUUCCUUUGUCCACGGCCAAAAGACUUGCUGCUCAUCUCAUACAACCACAUAGACACCAUAAGGGAAUUUGUAAAAGACACUCCUGUGGUUGUGAACCAAGUGGACGAGACACACAGGAAGAUCAUCGAGAUUUACUCGUCGUUAUCAGACGGUGAAUUUCAGCUUCUCAGACAAACACUGCUCAUAUUUUUCCAGGACAUGCAUGUUCGGGUGUCACUUUUCCUCAAGAAUCAAGUCCAGAAUCCAAAUGGACGUUUUGCCCUGUCGACCUCAGGCCCAGUGCCUCGUGGGAUAGAUGUUCCAGGGUUAAUCCGGACGUUUGACAGUAAAGGCAGGGAAGUGAGACGAAGUGAGUUUCCCCCUGGAGGAAGUUACAGCAGCCCAAUCAGAGAGGGAUGUUUCGACCUGCACGGAGACAGAGUCAUCAGACUGGGCCUGAACAUGUACACUGUGAACCAUCCAGAGGAGACUCACACAUCCAAGGCUCCUUCUGUGAAGACAGACGACUCUCCAAACCUUCUGGCCAAGGAGGAGCUGAACCUGCUGGCUCGUCUGAUGGGAAGCAUGAAGGCUGAGAAGCAGCCCACAGCUGAGAUUGGCUUCAGGGUCAACCUGUUCACUACAGACCAGGAGGAGGAGGAGGCGGGAACUUCCUGUGGAGCUGACGAGUCUUUGUUCGGAGUGAUAAACAUUCAAGCGAUGCAGGAUCAACAGGCUGCAACUGAACUGGCUCGAAUCGCUGGAGAGUUCACAGAACAGGAACAGCCUGAAAGUCCAGGCGGGAACAAAGGAGACGACCUGCUGGCCAUGAUGGACGAUCUCUGACCCUGUUCAGUCUCUUCAUUUUUAUUGGUUGAUCAUGGUCACUGAAGUCUGUGAUGAACUUUAAGACGCUUUCAUUUAUUGCUUUAACUUUAUGGCCUAAAUUAAACAAUCACAUAACCCCUCACUGUGAGUUUG